GGAAGCAUUUUACGUUUGGUUCUUGUUUCAUCGAUAACCCCCUUCGCAUCGCAUCUGCCAUCUACCAGUCUCCCUUGGCUUCGCAUCGCUCUCUCCGGUUGCCCCCCAACAGUUUCCACAUUGCGCCCAGCUAGGGUUUCCGAUUCUCCAAAACAUCGGGGUUUCGGACUCUAACCGGAGGUCGUAGGAGGGUCUCUGUGCCACCAAUUUCUGGGGCUCUAUGACGACGUUUAGCGAGGAAGAUGGUGGUGGGGGCGAUGAGGUGGUGCCGGAGCUCAGUCUGAAACUUGGGGAAGACGGUGUCAAUGGAGGCUACGUGAAAUUGGGCUCGGGUCCGUGCGAUUGCGAGGUCGUGGAAGGGCUUGGUGGGGUACGGGAAGAGCCUUUAUCGCCGAGAAAUCGAGCAGGAGGGUGUUUGUGGAACUUUGUCAAGUUGGUGCUGCUGGGUGCGUUCUUGGGGCUGUUGGCCGCGGUUUGUAUCAAAUGGGUCGGGCCCUUUUUCAUGGAUAAGGAGAUUAUUCCAAUUAUAAAUUGGGAGACAACAACAUUCAGUACUCCAGUUCUGGCUGUUCUGGUCUUUGCUUCUGUGGCAUUUUUCCCUACCCUACUUUUACCAUCUUCACCCUCUAUGUGGGUUGCCGGAAUGACUUUUGGUUAUGGCUACGGAUUUUUACUAAUCAUGUCAGGGGUGGCUGUGGGCGUUUCACUUCCGUAUUUCAUUGGCUCUCUCUUUUAUCGUAAAAUUCAAGGGUGGCUAGAAAAGUAUCCAAAGAGAGCUUCCAUUCUAAGAUCAGCUGGUGAAGGAAAUUGGUUUCAUCAGUUUCGAUCUGUAGCUUUAAUCAGGAUUUCUCCUUUCCCUUAUAUCAUAUAUAACUACUGCGCUGUGGCGACAAAUGUUAAGUAUGGUCCUUAUAUCUUGGGGUCCCUGGUGGGGAUAGUGCCAGAAAUAUUUGUUGCAAUCUAUACUGGGAUCCUUAUCAGGACUUUGGCUGAUGAGCGGCACUCCCUUUCAGCCCCACAAAUUGUCUUCAACGUUGUUGGCUUUGCUGCGACUGUGGCCACCACUGUUUUCUUCACUCUGUAUGCAAAAAGGCAGCUCAGCCACUUACAAACUGAAGACGAGCAACUAUUGCAGUAAGCUUCUGCUUCUAGUUUGGGUUGGGGGAAAACCAUCUUCCACAAGCCAGUUCACUGUUCAGAAUUGUAUGUGGAAACAUGGUGCAUGACUGGAUGAGGUUUUAUUUAUUUAAACGACCUCAUCCAUGGAAGUGGUUGAUGUAUAUGAUGAAAUGGUGCUUAUGUAAACAUUGGUAGGGGGCGAUGAACACAGCUAACAUGAUUGACACACCUGCACUUUUUUUUUUUUCCUUAAAAAAAAAAUUGUCUUCUCUCAAUCCUCAUUUGUAUAUGAUUGGACAGGUUGCAUUAAAGGGUUGAAAUGGACUUGGACAACAUUCUUCACUGUAUAGUUCAAUGUAAUGUGUUGUUUGCUUGCUGUA